AUGGUGCACUGGUCAGCUGAAGAGAAGCAGCUCAUCGCCAGCGUCUGGAGCAAGGUCAACGUGGAAGAAUGUGGUGCUGAGGCCCUGGCCAGGCUGCUGAUCGUCUACCCCUGGACCCCGAGGGUCUUUGAUAACUUUGGCGCCAUCAUCGGCAACCCCAAGGUCCGUGCCCACGGCAAGAAAGUGCUCACCUCCUUUGGGGAAGCCGUCAAAAACCUGGAAAACCUCAAGACGACCUACGCCAAGCUGUCCGAGCUGCACUGCGAGAAGCUGCACGUGGACCCCGAGAACUUCAGGCUCCUGGGAGACAUCCUCAUCAUUGUGCUGGCCGCACACUUCACCAAGGACUUCACUCCUGCCUGCCAGGCCACUUGGCAGAAGCUGGUCGGCGUGGUAGCCCAUGCUCUGGCCUACAAGUACCAUUAA